GUUGAAAAUAGCGCAGCAAAUGACACAACAAUGACGAAGCUUUUGUGAUUGAGGUCACAGUAGCAUGCCGAGGUCGGUCUGCGAGCCAGAGAGCGGUAAAGGAACCUCCACGGCAUGCGAUUCUUCAUUGGCUUACUGCAAUAUCGCUGCGGUGGUUUUACUAACCUCCAUCAAACAAGCCGCAGCCGCCAAGUUUCCUGCUCAACGGAAGCGGGCUUCCAAGAGAUAUCGUAUCCAUGAUUUGAGCGUCGAUGUGGGUAUGGCAGAGCGGUAAAGCGCGCUCUUAGCGGCGAAAUGUAGCAAUGCCCGACCACUCUGCCGCACAGUAACACUUGGAGAUCUUCAGACGAGGCAGCAGGGUCUGGAGCGGCCGAUCGGAAAACUCUACUCGAGUCGUGGUCAGAAGACGAGAGUGAUCACCGUUUUUUUCGAGUGGACACUCCUCACCUUUUUCCCUCUGAACAAUAUGAAGCCUGGCAGGUCCGGUGAAGCUACGAGUACCUCCGUAGGCUACGCAAGGCGGUGGCUGGCAUCUAGCGACGCCGGGAGGGACGGUGUUUGACCGGCCCCGGCAGCACUAGAAGUUGGCCCUAAGGCCGAUAGGCGAGCAGCGAGCAGGGGAGCAUGAACGGUGGGUAUAUUAAUAGAUUUGCCCCAUUG